CGCUUCCGGAUUGGGUAUAAAGUGAGUUGCGCUGGGACCCAGGCCGCAGCUGUCCGUCGCCGGCCAUGAGCUCCAGCUCCGACGUCGACCAGGACCCCGAGGCCCAGAGGCCUCCCGCGCCCCGAGGCCGAGCUUGCCGCCCCUUGCCCUGGGCCUUGAGCGCCGCGCUGCUGCUGUUCGCAGCCGCCAGCGCCGUCUGCCUGGUGCGCUCCUGGACCGCGCCCGGGGCACCCGCCGCGCCCGGCCCCGCGCCCAGCCCGCGACUGCCAGAGGGUCCGGAGUUGACGUCCGACGCCCUGGCCGGCUCCCCAGACUCUCCACAGGGCAUGUUCCAGCAGGAUGUUUUCGCGCAGCUGGUGGUGGCGGAGGGUGAAAAGCUGACCGAAGGGCCCCUGCACUGGUACAGCGAGCCGGGGAUGAAAGGUGUGACUCUGACGCCAGGUGUGAGAUAUGACAGGGACACACAUGAGCUGGUGGUGGUCAAGGCUGGAAUCUACUAUGUGUUCUUGCACUUGGCACUGAAGCGUGUGGUGGCCGUCAACAGCAACAGCAACAGCAGCUCCGGCUCCGUCUCCGUUGCCCUGCACCUGCAGCCUUCCCACGCUGAGGCCACCGCCUUGGCCUUGACCUUGGACCUGCCACCCCCAUCCUCAGGGAACUCAGCCGCUGGUUUCCGGGGUGGCCUGCUGCACCUGGGUGCUGGACAGCGCCUGGGUGUCCACCUGCACCCCGAACUCCGCAAGCCCCUCACCUGGCAGCUCUCGGACACCACGGCCUUGGGCCUCUUCCGUGUGGCCACCAGAGCUCCUGCUGUACUCCCUUCACCCCAGCUCUCAUGAUCCCAGGCCCAGGUGCCACCCCCUAGACCAAGACUGAAUCUUGUCUUCUUUUGUUGGGGCCCCUGGUUGAUGGGGCCUGGCUGCUCUACCUCACUGGGCUGGGCAGGGGUCUGUGCUGCUGACCCCUUCUUCCAGGACUCUUCGGGAGUCACUCCUGCCCCAAAUCGAACCCUUGGUAUUUAUUCUGAGCCUGAGCUCAGUCAGUGUACAUUAUAUUACAUGUAUAUUAAUCCAUAUUAUAUUACAUGUAUAUUGAUCCAUUCAGCUUAUAUUUAUUGAGCUCAUGCUCGGUGCCAGGCACGGCCAGGUGAAGGGCUGGAGAAACAUUGACAAACAAAAAAGACCCCUCAGAGUUCCCAUUGUAGCUCAGCAGGUGAAGAACCCGAUGUAGUAUCCGUAAGGAUGUGGGUUUGAUCCUUGGCCUUGCUCAGUAGGUUAAGGAUCCAGCAUUGCUGCAAGCUGUGCUGUAGGUCAUGGAUUCAGCCUGGAUCCAGCGUUGCUAUGGCUGUGGCAUAGGCUGCAGCUGCAGCUCCGAUUCGGGCCCUAGCCUGGGAACUUCUAUAUGCCACAGGUGUGGCCAUAAAAAGAAAAAAAAAGACUCCCCUAAAUCCUUAUUUAUGUUAAUAUAUGAGAAAAGGAGACUCAACCCCAGCCUCCCCUCCCCCCAUGAAAUUCAUGGGGCUAGCUUGUGGGGGGGUCCUGUAAUUGCUGUGUGAGCUUUAUUCAUUUAUUCAACUUUUAUCAAGCACUGUUUUAGGUGUUGGGGACACAGCCAUGAACAAGACGACACAAAACCUGCAGCUUUUGUCAAGCUGAAGUUCUAAUACGGUGGCUUGACCCUGGUAUUAUGUGACCAUGUGUAAUUGGACUAUGAGGGAUGAUGUGAGGUGGGGUUGCUACUGGAUAAUAAACUAUAAACAGAAUGACUGCUAUGUAUUGAGUAUUUACUACAUGAGUUAUCUUGAGUCUUAAUGAUUUCACUGUGCCUUAGGGAUUUUAUUAUUCCCAUGUUACUGUCAUUUAUUCUCUUGAGGGUUUUUUGUUGUUUGUUUUUUUACCUCUAUUGUAUCUGGUGAUACAUACUGUAUAAUGUACAAAUACUGUGUAAUGCCAUUUUGCAGAACGUCGCUUGUCAAGUCUGUGUUCUGUGACGCCACACUAGUAAGUUAGAAUCAGUCUUGGUGAAAGUAUUUACACUAUGAGAAGCAGCAUAGGUUACAAGUCCAGGCUUGGUUUAUUGUUUAUUCAUUGUCUAUACUUAAAGUCUAUUAAACAUGGAUAAUAAAGGAUAGUAAACUUGUA